CCGUCCGUGGUCGCCGCGUCCUGAGGCAGGGGACGCGCGCGGCGCCCCCAGCCCUCCGCCGCCGCCUGCUGUGGGGCGGACGGCCUCCUCCGGCGCCUCCCUGCGCCCGCCCGCCGCCUCCCUCCUUCCCUGCGGCUCGCCCGGCUUUGCGAGCCCGGGGGCGGCCUGUGGCGCGCGGAGCCCGCGCCGGACUGCGCCUCUUUGGACCUUGAAGGGAAACAUGCGUUUGGCUUGGAUCGUUUUAAAUUCUUAGUUUGAGGUCCCUGCCCGCCUGCUUCUUCCUCCCCGCGGGAAUUUUUUUUUUUUUCUUUUUUCUUUUCCUUUUUUUCCCCUUUUCCCCCUCCUGGUCUCCUUUUUGACUCCUUCCCCCUUUAUGCUCGCCCAGCCCUCCCCCCGCCGCUGAGAAGUGGGGGAGGGUCUCGGCUCCCAGGUUCCCGCCCCAUCGGGGCCCGGGCGAGCAUGGGGGGCAAGCAGAGCACGGCAGCCCGCUCCCGAGGCCCUUUCCCGGGGGUCUCCACCGAUGACAGCGCCGUGCCGCCGCCGGGAGGGGCGCCCCACUUCGGGCACUACAGGACGGGCGGCGGAGCCAUGGGGCUGCGCAGCCGCUCGGUCAGCUCGGUGGCGGGCAUGGGCAUGGACCCCAGCACGGCCGGCGGGGUGCCCUUUGGCCUCUACACCCCCGCCUCCCGGGGCACCGGCGACUCCGAGAGGGCGCCCGGCGGCGGAGGGUCGGCGUCCGACUCCACCUUUGCCCAUGGCAAUGGUUACCAGGAGACUGGCGGCGGUCACCAUAGAGACGGGAUGCUGUACCUGGGCUCCCGAGCCUCGCUGGCGGAUGCUCUACCUCUGCACAUCGCACCCAGGUGGUUCAGCUCGCACAGUGGUUUCAAGUGCCCCAUUUGCUCCAAGUCUGUGGCUUCUGAUGAGAUGGAAAUGCACUUUAUAAUGUGUCUGAGCAAACCUCGCCUCUCCUACAAUGACGACGUGCUGACUAAAGACGCGGGCGAGUGUGUGAUCUGCCUGGACGAGCUGCUGCAGGGGGACACGAUAGCCAGGCUGCCCUGCCUGUGCAUCUAUCACAAAAGCUGCAUAGACUCGUGGUUUGAAGUGAACAGAUCUUGUCCAGAACACCCUGCGGACUGACCCUGCCGGGCUUGCUUGCCGACUGCUCUCAAAGGUUUAUUUUAUUUAUUCCAAGUAACCUCCCAGAACAGCUGAUGAUGUCAGACAAAUCAGGGACAUUUGCUCUUUUUACCUUCACCUCAAAAACUGAUGACAAGGGGAGAAGAAAAAGCGAGGGUGAGAGUGAGGCAGAGGGAGCGGAGCCCGGCCCGGCAGUGCAGGUCCAGAUUCCGGCAUGAUGUUUGGCCUCGGGGCCCUGCCCAGACCGAACCACAGACAGCCCCGGCUGCCUGCCUUGGCGGGAUGCGGCGGCCGGCCCGCGGCCAGACGGAGCACGACUCACUCAUUGCGGUCCACACAGGGACGGGCGGCCCCUGUUCCCGAGAGGAGGCUCACCGGACACAGGGGCAGCGCUGAGCUGGGGACACCAGUGGGAACAGGGCCCCCCCUUCUGCACUGACUGCCAGGAAGUGGCCCUCCCUCCCUCCCCGAGGACGCCAGGUUGGCUGAGCGCGCGCGCGUUGAGAAGAGUGACUGCACCCACCGCUGUCCUUCCCUCAGCCCGCAGCCCUCGCAGGGGAGAGGGUGUCUUCUUUUUCACCUUUGAAAGGCAUUGUGGGUCUGUCUUUAAAGUGUUUACAAAAAAAAUUAUUUAAAAAAAGUCUAGUGUCGACUGGUGUUUUCCCUCGUGACGUUUACAGAACGCUGUUUGCUGCCCGCUGUCACCCGCUCAGCCAGGGCGAGCCCAGCCGGCCCUCUCCCCAGGGUCCCUCUCCGUGUUUCUGGCUUGGUUUUGCACUUCUCUCCCCUGGGGACCCCGGAAUCUUGACUUCAUUGCCAAAAGAAAACCCCGUCAAGGACUCUGUCCCCACCGCCACGCCCGUGUCUUUCCCCUUCUUUCCUCCCGGUCUGGUCAGUGUGGAGGGUGUAACAAUCACAAGUGUCUUGCAAAAAUGCCUGAACAUUUUUCUUAGGCCCUUGUGGAAUUUUUUUUUCUUCUCCAGGAAACUUAAACAGACUUCCUUAAAGAAAUGUGUACAAGCAGCCGUGUUUUCAGGCGCUCCGUUUGAGAACUUUUAGCCCUGGGGGUUCACACAUGGCAUCAGCCCAUGCCAGAUAGGUUUCUGUAUUUAUAUAUUAAAAUUAAAAAAACAAAAAAACUUAUGAAACGUUUAAAAAAAUGUUCAGAGCUUGGGAGAGAAGCUUUCUUCAUUAGUCGAGGUGUUUUGAUAUGGCAUUAAAAUCACGUCUAAUGAAAGAUGCACUGUGUGAUUCUAUUUUAAUGAAGUAUUGUUAUACAGCCAAGAAACGGGGCCGAGCCUGCUCCCCGCUCCCUCACUACCUCCUUAGCGUUCCUUCGGGCCCUCUGUGGGGCUGCAGGUGUGUGAAGUGCUUCUCAGACUGUCCUCCCUGGGAGGAGGACAGGUGACGACGGGUCAGGCAGGCGUCCCACGAGGCGACGAACCCUUGGACGUGAGCACCAUGGAGCCAGCCUUCCGCUGCUGUGCAGAGCUGGUGUCAGGACUCUUCAGCGAAGAUGUAAAGAUGUGCGGGGGCAAUGAUCUCGCAGCCACCAGAGGCUGCAAGGACAUGGGUUCUUCCACGGCCGGGCCCAGCUCCCUCCCAGCCUCUGCUCCCCACCCCAAGUCCCACAGCCCUGCCUGUUGCUCUGUUCGCAUCUCAGUGCUGACUCAUGGGCAUGUUCCACUGUGGCCCGGGAAGAGGCCCUGGUUUGGGGCUCAGCCAGCUCAGAGCCCUUGAACCAGAACCAGCCGCCCCAGCUCACACAAGUUGCCAAAGCUGGCCGGAAGCUCAGGGCAGGGGAGCAGCAGCUCCUGUCCCUGGCCAGACAGGCUCCGGAGUGGCAGUCCUGAGCCUCCCGCAGAGCCGGCAAAGUAAAGUGCUGGAGGGAGACGGGAGACAACCCGCGCCUUCUCUGCCCCACCAUUGCCAGGCCAGCCCCUGGUGCUGUUGCCUCUGGGCUUCAGCGCCUCCAGGCCCAGGGGUCUAGUUGGGCCUGUGGGCUCCACCGCCACAGUCACCUCCCUCAGAUGCUUCCUGAAGCACCUGCUGUGUUCGAGGUGUUCACCCCAGGCCGGUGAGGCACACGUGAGCCAAGGCAGGCGAGCACGCACAGCAUCUCAGAUGUGCCGAAGAAGUUUGCAGGCCUCCGCCUCAGCCUUGGACCGGCCUGACAUGGAGACCGCAGGACCCACAAACGCCAUCGUGAGAGUCAGUGGCAAGAAUGGGGGUUCCGAUAGUUUGCACUGGGGCCCUCUGCUUCCUGGCAGAAUGACCUGGGGGAAGGACUGCGUUCAUCUGAACCUCGGCAUCCUCACCCGUGGAGUAGGGACAGCGUCACGCAGCUCAGAAGUCGCCGGGAGGGUCAGGGGACCUGCCCCGAAGGCCUGGCACAUGCGCAGCAGGCUCCCUGGUGGCUCUGUCACUGCAAAGGGCACUGUUCUAUUCACAGCACCUCCUGCUUCUGCCUGGCAACUGUGUCUCCCUGUUCUAUAUUUAAUUCCACCAGCAAAGCUGGCGGGGCAGGGCCCAGCUCUGAAGGAGAUCUCCUUGCCUGACCCCUGGACCUGGAGACGGAGGCCGUGCGCGUCCACCUCGGCGGCUUGGCUUGAGCCCGGCUGCUUUGGCAGUGCUGCCAGUGGCCGAGCGGCUUGUUGAGCUGUGUGGGGCAGGGUCGUGGCCCACACUGGGUGCUAUUCCAGGCUCUUGGGGGCUGGUGCUCACCCCCCAACUCUAACCACCCCCCACCCCACCCCCGCCGCUGACUUCCGCUCCCGCCUGGCACACCGCAGCCCUCUGCUGGCUGUCACGUCCUCUGAACUUGACCCAUGGGUGGGACUGGCUGUGUGGGCUCCCCCCAUAGAGCUGGUGCUGUCCUCCUCCUCCUGCAGCGCUCCCAGAAUCCUGUGCUGCUCCUGCUCUGCCCUGAAAGGGGAGAGAACCUGCUGGAGCAGGGAGGUGUGUUCUGCCCCCGUCACUUUCCUGGGGUUCCUGGACAGGAGCCGCUCGCUAAGACCACACAUCUAAUAGCCAUUUAUUGGUAUUGAGGUUUAUAGGCGAACGUCCUUAUUCUUAGGAGAUGGAUGCUGAAUUAUAUAGGUGAAUGAUUUCAAG